AUGCCGCUUGACACAUCGACGUACUCGCUAGCCCUCCUGCGCGUCGAUGGCCGCCGCUGGAACGAACUCCGCCGCCUCCACGCCCAAAUCCGAAUCCAAGAUGCUGCCGACGGAUCGUCCUACAUGGAGAUGGGCCAUACCAAAGUCAUGUGUGUAGUUACGGGGCCGUCGGAGCAGCAGCAGGCGCAGCGAAGAGGCGGGCAGCAAGCAUCCGGAAGGGAUGCCGCCUCGAUCCAUGUGAAUCUCGUGGUCGCUGGGUUUUCGAGCGUCGAUCGCAAGAAAAGAGGCCGCAACGACAAACGCAUUCAAGAAAUGGAAAUCACCAUUGCCAAGGCGCUCUCCUCCACCGUCCAUACCCACCUCUUCCAGCAUUCGUCCAUCAACGUAUCGCUUCAUGUCCUUUCGCAGGAUGGAUCUCUGCUUGCCGCGCUCAUCAACGCCGCGACGCUUGCCGUCAUCGAUGCCGGUAUCCCCAUGACGGAUUACAUUGCUGCCUGCACCGCCGGAUCGACGUCUUCAUAUGCUGCUGGCGAUGAAUCCGCGGAUCCGUUGCUCGACUUGAACAGCCAGGAGGAACAGGAACUCCCGUUUCUGACGGUGGCUUCGCUCGGCGACAGCGACCGCGUGGUGGCUCUCGUGUGCGAGAGUCGUCUUCAAGUCAGUAGACUGGAGGGCAUGCUGGUUGUUGGUCUAGAUGGGUGCAAGCAGGUCAAGAAAUUUCUUGACAAGACCAUCAAAGAUAGAGGCGUCAAGAUGAUCAAAGAGGGGGCCGUCCAACCAAGUGAUGCUGUGGCUAUGAAUCUCGAUGAGUAG